AUGGCCAACAUCUACAACGAUGACCUCCUAUGCUCAGAAUGCUUCUUGAAGCUGAUGCAUGCUCGCAUCUCAUCAGAGUUUCUGUCCGACGAAGACCACUCCGACUACCUUGUUCAGGAAUUUCAGGACAUCCAGAAUAUCUGCCAGACCACCAUUGCAGUCAACAUAGCGACGAGAUCAUUACCAAACUACAUGGUCGCCUUGACCCCAACGCCAUCGUUCAUAUUCAUCAAUGUCAUGGGCACUACGUCCAACAACAGCAUGCAUACUUGCAACGACAUUGCACGCCAGUACAACGUGUCGACCGGGAGUCUCGUCUAUCUCACCCAAAACGAAGCCUGCUAA